AUGUUAUUCAAUACAUUCUUUUUAUUUGUUGUUUCAAGUUUAGUUUAUUCCCAACCAGUUCAAAAAUGUGCGUUACCUAAAGAUAUUGUUUCAGUAGGUACUCAUGGAUGGGCAAUGUCUCCAGAUGAACCAUGUAUUCCAGGUAAAUAUUGUCCUUAUGCUUGUCCACCAGGUCAAUUAAUGAAUCAAUGGGCGGAAUCUUCCAAAGCUUAUGCAUAUCCAGAUUCAAUGAAUGGUGGAUUAAAAUGUAAUUCAGAUGGCUCAGUUUCAAAAUCAUUUGAUCGUCCAUAUUGUAAAGAUGGUAAGAAAACGGUAUCAGUUAAAAAUAAAUCAGGUAAAGAAGUUUCAUUUUGUCAAACUGUCUUACCUGGAAAUGAAGCCAUGUUAAUUCCAACUGGUAUUCAAGGUAAUUCUGAACAAGUUUUAGCUGUUCCAGGUACUGAUUAUUGGGCAAGUACUGCUGCUCAUUAUUAUAUUAAUAAACCAGGUAUUGGUACUAAACAAGGUUGUGUUUGGGGUAAAAGUUCAGAAGAUAUUGGAAAUUGGGCUCCUUAUGUUGCUGGUAUGAAUAUGGAUAAAAACGGUAAUACAUUUGUUAAAAUUGGUUAUAAUCCAAAAUAUAUUGAUGAUUUUAAUGGUAAAGUUCCAAAUUUUGGUAUUAGAAUUGUUUGUGAUGAUAAAUCUAAAUGCAAUGGUUUAGAAUGUGAAAUUAAUCCAAAGGAUGGUUAUAAUAAAGUUAGAGGUCCAAGUAAAGGAGUUUCAUUGAAUGCGCAAUAUUGUAUUGUUACUGCUACGAAUUAUUCAAAAGCUAAAAUAGAAGUAUUUGAAGUAUAG